AUGGGUGGAUGUUGUUCAAAAGAUAAAGAUAUUGGCAAUGACAUAAGUGAUUCUGGGAGUAGUGAUGCUAUCAUAACUCCUCAAGAAAUAUAUUUAUCUCAAAGAAGACUUUAUUCAUUUUCUGAUUUUAUGGAUUCAGGGAGUCCAGUAUUAAAAGAUUAUAAAUUUAUCAAUGAAAUCGGUAGUGGUGCACUUUCUAGAGUUUAUCAAAUUGUUUCACUCAAAGAUAACGAAAUACUUGCAGCUAAAGUCUACGAUAAUCAAAGAAUUUCACGACCAACUCUAACAGGAGAAGAUCCUCCAUAUGUAAGCAUUCAACGAGAACUUGAUAUUAUGGCAAAACUCGAUCAUAGAUAUGUAAUUUCAUUAAUCGAUGCGUUUAACGAUGAAAAUACAAAUAGUUUGAUAAUCAUUAUACCAUUUGCACCUUUGGGCAAUGUUAAGACUCUUUUAGAUAAAAGAGCAUUAAAUUCAGAUCAAUUAAAUGCUUGUUUUCACCAAGUUGCUAUUGCUUUAGCAUACAUGCAUUCAAUGAAUGUUGUUCACCGCGACAUUAAACCAGAAAACAUGCUCGCAUUUACAGAAGAUUAUUUUGCAAUUACAGAUCUUUCUGUUUCCCAAGAAGUUGAAUCAGAUGAAACAAUGGUCAUGGACAUAAAAGGAUCACCUGCAUUUUUAAGUCCAGAAGAGUGUGCAGGAACUGAAUUCAUACCAAAACCAGCAGAUGUUUGGGCAUAUGGUAUAUCUUUGUUUAGUUGCUACUUUGGAUACUUUCCAUUCUCUAUUGAUGAAUGCGAUGGUCUUCCAAUUGGAAAUACAAUAUUAAUGGUCACAGAGAAGCUUAAUGAAAAAGAGUUAAACAUUCCUGAUGGAACAUCUUCUGAUUUAAUUGAUCUUUUAACGCAUGUUUUGGAUAAAGAUCCAACAAAAAGAUAUACUUUUGAACAAAUUGCAAACCAUUCAUUCUUUGAGCAAUCCAGGCAUAUUGAUGAAGAAAAUGCAAAAGAGUGCUUUCUUGAAGAAGAGCAGGAAAAGCAAAAUUAA